UGUGUGUACAACUCUCUGAUUACACCUAUGUUCAUUAGUUGUAGUUUCUAGUUUUGUUAUUUUUGUGACGGACGUAAAGAGUUAUCAAACUUUUGUAUAGGAUGCUAUCUAUUAAAUAUGCUGGCUUUGGUGUGAACUUUCUAUAUCUUCACUUUAUCCUAUCUUUCUGGGUCAUGCAUUCAAACAUUGAACACAAGUGUAAUGCUCCAUUGGUUUCAUAUGUUACAAAAUAUUAUAAAGGAUAAAAAAUUGUUUUCUUAACCAAGUAAGCUAAUGGCUACACUUUAUAUCUUGCAUCGUUUUUGGAUACUUACGCUAGUGACAUUAAUGGACUCAUAAAGUAAGAAACUUUUGAGACUGAAUUAUGCAGUUGCAUUUCAACUCUUUCUCUCCUAACCGACGAUACAAACGUUGAUUCCAUCAGAAUGUGGUAAAUAAUUACGGAAAGAAAGAGUUAAGAACGGAAUAUAUCUCUCAUGGUUAGUACAUCUCUCAUGGCUGAUAAUACCUCAAUACAAGGCCCACCAAAAUUAACUCUGAAAGAAAGACACAAGUUAAUAUUUGGAACGUGGAAUGUAACAAGUCUUAAAAAGAAUGACAGUUUGGUUUUAGAUGAACUAGAAAAAUACAAUGUAGAUAUAGCUUGUAUUCAAGAAACUAAAUAUGAGGAAGGUACAUUUGAAAUUGGGGACUACACACUUGUUACGAAAUGCUAUGAAAAAGGCAUGAUAUACGGCUUAGGUUUUAUGAUAAAAAAAACAUUGUUUAAAUACAUAGAAAUUGAGGAAGAUCAAACCGACAGGAUUUGCUUCUUAAAGUUAAGAACAGAUGCAGGAAUUGUACACAUAAUAAAUGUUUAUUUUCCACAAAAUUUUUCAAAAUUCGAAAAAGUCGAAAAGAAAGAAGAUUGUUUUCUUGCACUUGAGGAUAAGUUAUUACAAAUUUCAGAGAAAAAAAUUGUUUUCAUUUUGGGAGACUUUAACUCACACAUUGGAUCUGACAGUCUAGCCUGGUUUAGAUGUCUUGGAGAGCAUGGAAUACCUUGCGAGGUUAAUGAUAAUGGACAAAGAUUACUUGAGUUUUGCACUUUUUAUGAUCUUGGUAUAACUCAUUCAUUUUUUGAUCAAACAGAAAAUGCGCAAUACACUUUUCAGAGUAGGUCAAAACACAAGACAUACAUUGAUUUUUGUAUUACUCGUAAUAAACAUAGACACUUUGUUAAAAUGACAAAGUCAAAUCUUCCAUCACAAACUUUAAUGGAUCAUCUUUUAGUGACAAGUGAUAUCGAGUUAAGCUUAAGCCUUAAUAAGGAAAAUUGUCAAGACAAAACUUUAUCUAAAUCGCAGUUUUUGCUUGUAUCAACAUUCGUCAUAUUAUCUUGCCAAAGUCAACAAAAAAAUUAUGAUGUUGAAGAAAAAUGGCAAGAAAUCAAAAAGAAACUUUUUCCAACCGAGCCCUUUGACAAGCUUUAUGAAGAAAAUUUCUCCAAGUUUAAAAAACAAUUAAAAGAAAUAUCUGUCAUUUAUAAUUCAGUGAUUAAUAACAAUAAUGGCAGAAUGACCGAAAAGGAAAGGUUAGGGUUUGGGUGUAUUAUAAAAGAAAUUGUCCAGAACUAUGAGGAUGACUCUAAUGAAAAUAUCGAGAUACCGGAACAAAUUAUGCUAGAUUUAUUAAACAGUGCUAUAAAUGAAGGAAUGGCUUCAAAUGUUGAUGAUACUGACAUUUUAUUUCAAGACUUGCCAACACUAGAAGAAAUAGAAAAGUUAAUUGAAAACGUUGAAGGACAGAUUGACGUUAAAGCCAUUUUGAGACCCAAUGUCUUAAUUUUACAGCAGUUGUAUGAGUUGUGCUGGACAUCAGAAUAUAUUCCAUUAGAGUUGUCCUUUGUUGGUCUUGCAUAUCAUAAGCAAAAAACAGCUGCAGAUAAUAAUAAUGUCUUUAAUCUUUCAUACUUAAUAGGGCAUUUAUAUGUUUUCAUUAUGUUGGUUAGAGUUAAAAAACUGAGAAACAAAGAAAUCAACGAACACUGCGUUUCAGACUGUGAAUCAAAGUCUGAAUUAUUGUUUCAAUUAUGUCGGCAUCAAGAACAACAUCAAAAAGAAGACAAGGAACUGUAUAGAGGAUUUGUUUCUAUACUGGACAAUUUGGAACAUACCAAUACUGUAUUUUUUGAACACCUAUCUAAACUAAAUACACCAAUAAAACUUCUAAAUAUUUUGUCAUCUGUAAUACCCUUUCUGCAAUGUUCGAACUAUUUAUGUUCAGAGAAAUAUUUCUGGCACAGAGAUGCUAAGGCACAUUGCUGUUCAAUGGACACCAUUCUUUCCGAUUUAUCGUGGUCACUUGUUAACAAAUGCCUGAUAAAGUCAAAGUUUACAGGUAAUUUAUCAUUUGUUGCUAGUUAUCUAAACACUGUAGUCAUAGAAACACAAUCAGGAGAAAGUCUUAAAUACUAUUUAUCACUCUUGCAACAGAUCUGCCAAAGUAAAGGAUUUCAAAUGAGUAAACCUCAAGCGUGGGCUCACAACGUUAAAAACAGUAACAGAUAUAAAGCAACAAGCAAAGAAUUUCGACUAUGUUCUCGAGUAAAAUAUUUAGAUCUAAUUUUUUCAAGCGAUAACGAAUUUGAUAGCGAAAUCUCAUAUAGAAUAUCUAAAUCCUCUAUCAUAUUGUCCAACAUUUUAAAGAAAUUUUCUACUGGAACAGAGGAGAACUAUAUGACAAUUAUGAGUCAGUUCGAAAAGCUCGUUCUGGAGGAGCUCAGUACCAACAGUGAACAUUUUGUUAUGUUGCCGGGACAGGAAAAAACUUUGGAGGAUUUUCGGAAAAAAUGUAUAAGACGAAUUAAGUUUUUUUGUGGCAUAUGCAGACCAUCAUUUAAAACAUUAUUAAGUGUCAAACGGCUGCAAUUUAGAAAAAAAUUACCAUCCUUUCUAGAAGAUAAAAUUGACAAAAAAAGAAUAGAUCGCAGAAAUUAUCAUGACUAUCAUACACAAAGCAUACGAGAUGCAGAAUAUCAUAGAAUAGAUUUAAACACAAUUUUGGAUGUAAAUAAAGAUGAAAAAGAAGUCAAGAGACUGUUAGAAAGCACUAGUAGAAAGAUAAAAUGGAGAGAGAAUUUAGCAAUGCCCAAGAGCCCGGCGAAAAGAAACAAAAAGUAAAAUAAACCGAAAAUUGGGGAAGAAGUCUACUAUGUUAAAAAAGAAGCUAAAAAGAAUUAUCUUGUUGAGAAAGAAGAUUUACACAUUUCUUUUCUAGAUCCACGUACCAUGCCUAGAAGUUUCAAGAUGACUCUAGGCUAUUGA